CCUUCCUCAGAUUUCUACGCAGCGUAGCACAAACCAAUCUUUUUGACCUUUCUUCUCCAAUGGCACUAACUCAACACUGUUCCGUCUCUAUCACCUCUGCGGCUCGAUUGAGCUUAUCAUCCUCCGCAUCACCACCCUUGACGACAAGGGUUUCUCUCAAUCUUCAUCCGGAGAAGAAAGGUCAGAUUCAGAUGAGAAAUCAUUCCCGGAGGGGAAUGAUAUGCAAAGCUAUGGUACAAGAGGCAGCUCAAGGGAUCCCUUCAGUCUACGCCAGAGAAAUGGAGCGUCUCUCCGCUAAAGAAUCGCUCAUUCUCGCCUUCAAUGAUGCUGGAGGCUUUGAGGCUUUAGUUACAGGGAAGAUCACUGAUAUGCAAAAGAUCGAUGUGAAUGAGAGGAUUACGAUACUUGAGCGGCUUAAUCCAACUCCUAGACCAACCACGUCUCCUUACCUUGAAGGCAGAUGGAGUUUUGAGUGGUUUGGAUCCAACACUCCUGGUUCACUCGCUGCUCGUGUCAUAUCCGAGAGGUUUCCUUCUUCAUUUGUGAGUCUAUCAAGUAUGGACAUUGUCAUUAAAGAUGCUAGCACAAGGGCCACCGCCAACGUUAAGCUGCUAAACAUGAUGGAAAACAAAGUCAUACUCACGUCGAAACUGACAGUGGAAGGGCCUUUAAGGAUGAGGGAAGAGUAUCUAGAGGGAAUGCUAGAGUCGCCAACUGUUAUUGAAGAAGCAGUUCCUGAACAGCUUAGAGGUUUAUUGGGUCAAGCUACCACCACGUUGCAGCAGCUUCCUGAACCUGUUAAGGAUACUCUUGCCAAUGGUCUUAGAAUUCCACUUGGUGGAUCUUACCAGAGAUUCUUUAUGAUAUCUUAUCUAGACGACGAGAUUCUUAUUGUAAGAGAUACUUUGGGUGUGCCUGAAGUUCUGACCAGGGUGGAAACAUCGUCUUCAUCAAGCGUAGAGAAUCUUGAAUACAACAGUUAAAAAGAACAUGUCCUUCUGUUCCUCUGUUUAUGUCUGUAAAUGUCAAACAAACUGAAUACAACUUACUAUAUCACCAGACACAGAGAUAGUGUUUCAUUAUCCAUUAUUUAACACUUUGAUAAACCUAAUUAAAGGUUACAUAUCCU